AUGUUCGUCACAUUUACCAGCGGCCGCCGCCCUGCUGUGCGAAUGUUAGCAAUUGUUGCAAUCAUUUUUUAUAAGGAAUACAUACGUGACCGCCAGGUCCACCGGGACCUCCGUGACCACCCUCAUGACCACCGGGGCCUCCUUGGUGACCACCCUCACGACCGCCAGGGCCUCCGGGGCCGCCUUGGUGACCUCCCUCAUGACCACCGGGGCCUCCAGGGCCGCCUUGGGGACCGCCGAAACCACCAGGACCACCGGGGCCUCCUUGGUGACCACCCUCACGGCCGCCAGGGCCGCCUUGGGGACCGCCGAAACCACCGCCAGGUCCUCCAUGCUGACCACCCUCAUGACCGCCGGGGCCACCAGGACCUCCGUGACCGCCCUCAUGGCCGCCAGGGCCUCCGUGAGACUGAUCGUGGUGGUGGCUGA